AUGUCUAAAAAACAGGAAUAUAUCGCGAAAAUUCGAUACAGAAAUGAUUUGCCGCCACCUUUAUUGCCCCCCAAGCUUCUAAGAUACCAAGAUUCAGCGGAUGAAUCAGCAGAUUCUGGUAAACUGGUAACUUCGUUGUACGCCAAAACAAAUGUUACGCCUUUGAUAAAGAUUAAUGAGGACUUGGGUAUGCCAAUGGAUCUGAUGGAACUGCCAGGGCUUCUGAACCACCAGGAUUCUCGUCUUCUUCUUGGCUUCGAAAACAUUAAGCUGCAUCCGGAGGAUAGAGCUCUUUUGAGAGAUCCAAGAGUGGACAAAUUGACCAAGACAGACAUGUCGAAAGUGACGUUUUUGAGAAGAACCGAGUACGUUUCAUCGUCGCAAACCGCGAAGCAGAGUACAAAGAAAAGGGCAGCAUCGGAGGCACUAGAGCCGGACGAGGAAAUCUUGACCCCUGCUCAACGGGUCAAACGAGUUGAAAACACAUUUGAUUGCAUCACCGAUGACCUUUCAAAGAUCCGUCAUCCAACCAAGAAAAACGUGCACGCAGUCAAGACCUGGGACUUGCUGCCAGAUACCUCAGCGAUGGACCAGACUUUUUUUACGAUUCGCUUCGUUGGGUCUGCAGCUUUGGAUAAGCAAGAAAAGGACCAACUGGCACUCUCGACCGCCCUUUUCCGGCCCGUAGAACUGGAAGAAGACGAGUGGGUUUCGCUUUACACAACCAACAGGGACGACUCGGCUACUUACGAGAAAAACCUGGAACAACAAAUCGACGAGAUUGUGGACGACGACAAAGCUUACGAGUUCAAGCGUCUACGGGAUUUUGAUAUGAAACAUCAACAGCCUACAGGGUCGGGUCUGUUUAGCGAGUUGGCCUUGAGAUUCAAUGACGAUAAAAAGACAAUCUAUUUCACACCAAUACGGUCGCGGAUCGAGCUGCGUCGGAGACGUAUCAACGAGGUUAUCAAGCCAUUGGUACGUGAAAAUAAUCUGGACCAGGUCAACAUCACAAUCAGAAACCCAACGCCGCAAGAAACACGUCGCAGGGACCUAAUUCGCAUGAAAUUCGAUCCUAUAGAUUUUCCCAACAUAGAAGACGAUGAACAAGCAGACUUGCAGGACGAAGAUGCUGCAAAUUCAAAAGACAGCCAGCCAGCAGCUUCAUCAGAGGAAGCGUCCGAGCAGAAGAACGAUGAGUCUCGGGAGCAGUCUUCGACUGCAGAUGCCAGUGUUGCAGCUUCCGACAACCAAUAA